UGGAAAUUUCUAGAUCGGUCAUUAUAGUGUACCUACCUACCACACAUGAUUAUUCAUAUCCUCGUAUCAUGAUAGUCAUAGUAUGAUACAUUAUUAAUUAGGUAGUCAAAAUCCUUCCCAUCUUUUGACAACAGUGUGUCAAGUCUCAACAACAUGAUCUUCUCCGAAGGUUCGUCGUGGUUAGAUAAGUCUUGUUUACUUAGGUCCCGUGCCGGUGGUUUUCAGUUUGAGUUUUCAAUAAGUUAAGUUGAAUUCAAAUCUUUCAUACUACCACAUCAACCUCUCUGUGAGACACUUGUGUGCUUUGUUGGUAACUUUGAAACCAUGCCAAUGAACUCGGUCAUGGAUCCUUCUCUAGAAGACACUGAUUUCUCAGAAACCGGCAAGUUCAUCAGCCAAAUCUUGAUGGAAGAAAACGUUGAACAGAGUCCAUUUUAUGAUUCCCUCAGCUUGCAACUCACUGAGAAAUCAUUCCACGAUGCUCUCAUCAACUCAUCUCAAAAUGAAACCACCACCAGCAACAAUAGCAGUAACACUUCUCGUGAUUUGAAACCACCUUCUCCGGAUACUCCUGUUUCUGUUCUUCGUGAUAAUCAUGGUUUUCAGUUCAACUCCCGUGCCAUAUAUCAACCUCUGCAUGAUUUGGAUUCUUCUGCUACCAGUUUGUUGGCACAAGAUAUCUUCAAUGAUGCAGAUUCUGUUUCUCUAUUCAAGAGAGGGUUAGAGGAAGCUAGCAAGUUUCUUCCGGUGGAGCCUCGGAUCGUGACCGGUCUAGACUCUAAUGGACAACCGCUAAACAUGCUUGGAUUGAAGAAUCGAAAGCAUCAUGAUCGCGAAGAAGAAAGUGAUUCUAAGGAAGAGGGGAUGAGAAGUAACAAGCAAUCAGCAUUUAGUGUUGUUGAUGAGGAUAACAAUCAAGACCUAUCAGAAAUGUUUGAUAAAGUGUUGCUUAAUCUGGAACAUUUGCCAAUGUGUAAUGAAUACAAAGGGUUGCAGAAUGGAGGAGUGAAAGCGGAGAAGGAAGGCGAAAAGGAAAAGCCACCUUCAUCUAAUGGAGGAGGGAAGGGUCGUCCUAAGAAGCAAGGACGGAGCAAGGAAACGGUGGAUUUGAGGGCUCUUCUGCUUCUAUGCUCACAAGCUAUUUACACAAAUGACAACAGGGCUGCUAAUGAAUUUCUAAAGCAGAUUAGGGACCAUUCUUCUCCCUAUGGCGAUGCAUCGCAAAGAUUGGCUCAUUACUUCGCCAAUGGCCUUCAGGCGCGCUUGGGCGGUGAUGGAACCGGUGCGCAAAUAUUCUAUUCCUCUCCGAGCUCCAAGAGGAUCACUGCUGCUGAGUUUUUGAAAGCCUACCAAGCUCAUCUAUCUUGCAGCCCAUUCAAAAAGUUUGCAUAUUUCUUUGCAAAUAAGAUGAUCAUGAAAGAAGCUGCAAAAGCAAAAACUCUCCAUAUCAUUGAUUUUGGCAUCCUGUAUGGUUUCCAGUGGCCAAUUCUUAUUAAGUUCUUAUCAGAAAGAGAUGGUGGACCUCCCAAGUUGAAGAUCACAGGGAUAGAGUUCCCUUUACCUGGCUUUCGCCCCACAGAAAGAAUUGAUGAGACUGGUCGUCGUCUGGCCAACUAUUGCAAGCGUUUCAAUGUUCCCUUUGAGUACAAUGCCAUAGCAUCAAGGAACUGGGAAACGAUUCGAGUUGAAGACCUUAAAACUGAGGCCAAUGAGUUUGUUGCUGUGAACUGUAUGAUGAGGUUUGAGAAUUUACUGGAUGAGACUAUUGAAGAGAACUGUCCUAGAUAUGCUGUUCUGCGUUUGAUCAGGAAGAUCAAUCCAAAUAUUUUUACUCAGGCAAUCUCUAAUGGAUCUUUCAAUGCCCCUUUCUUUGUCACACGGUUUAGGGAGGCUUUGUUCCAUUUUUCUUCUAUUUAUGACAUGUGUGACACUGUCAUAUCCAGGGAUAACCAAUGGAGAAUGAUGAUUGAGAGAGAGUUUGUGGGUCGCGAGGCUAUGAAUGUGAUAGCAUGUGAAGGAUUGGAGAGGGUUGAGAGACCUGAGACAUACAAAAGGUGGCAGGUUAGGAAUACAAAGGCUGGUUUCAAGCAGCUACCAUUGAAUGAGAUUCUAAUGACCAAAUUUAGGACCAAGUUAAAGGAAUGGUACCAUAAAGACUUUGUCUUUGAUGAAGACAAUAACUGGAUGCUUCAAGGUUGGAAAGGCCGCAUUUUGUAUGCUUCCACUUGUUGGGUACCGGCUGGAUGAACUCAUACUAGGUUCUGGUAUCCCUUGUUACUUGAUUUUCACAUGUGUUGUGAUCUUCAAAGCCUUAAACCAAGUUACUCUAUUAAGUUAUAGCAUAACAACUUCUCUUGUAGAAUUGAGACUUGUGAGUGUAGUGCAAAUCUUUAAUGAUAAGGAGGGUAUAUUAGAGUAGGAAGGCCCUAAUAGCAUGUUUGAUAACAGGUUUUUGCAGGAUACUUUGUCUUUUGAGACAAAUUAGCUACUGAGUUGCAAAAUGUGACUAAUUUGAUAUGGUUGAAUCUGUUAUAGUUAGUUUUUCCGGUGAUAGCUCUUGGUUGUAUUUGUUCCUUCUUUGAAACUUUGUUUAAUGCAACUACUUCUGUGGAACUUUUGAUUUCCACUCAUAGCAUCUCAAUGUAAGAAUGACUUGUAAUUUGCUCCACCUGUGUGGUUGCACAAUCUUUGAUAUUUUUCAAGACUAUUUAAUGGAUUGAGUAUUGACCUUA